UGACAUUAUAGUAUGUUAAAUUAAAUUAUACAUAAUAAUAGUAGUAUAUUUCAUAGGUGAAGUAAAGAUGUACAACACGACACAUGGUCGCAUAAUAGAAAAUUUUACAGCUUAAAUGUGUAUUCGUUAUAGUCUGAACGGAUUGUGCAUGAAAAAUAAUGGAUUCUCAAUACAAAAUAAUUCAUCCAGUGAAGUAUCUACAUGAUCAUCUAGCACAAGAUAUAAGACCAGAUGGAAGACAAUUUCUGUCUUUUCGUCCUAUAAGUGUUAAUGUAUCUUCAAUAACUCAAGCAGAUAGUUCAGCUGUAUUUAAAAUUGGAAAUACUACAGUAAUUUGUGGCAUCAAAGCUGAAUUGGCAACACCAAAAGUAGAAACACCCGACUGUGGUUUUAUUGUGCCUAAUGUUGAGCUUUCUGCAUUAUGCUCUCCAAAAUUCCACCCAGGUCCACCAAGUGAAGAAGCACAAGUUAUUUCUAAGCUAAUAGAACAUAUUUUAACAAAUUCUGCCGCAGUAGAUUUAAAAAAAUUGUGUAUUUGUGAAGCUAAAUUAGUGUGGGUAUUAUACUGUGAUCUUUUAUGCAUCAAUUAUGAUGGUGCAGUAGUAGAUGCCUGCACGGGUGCAUUGGCAACUGCUCUUAAAUCCUUAACUUUACCACGAAUAACUCAUGAUCCAAACAGUGGAAGUACUUUUGUACAACAUGAAGAUAGGAUUCCAUUUCCAGUUAAAGCAUUACCUGUUAGUACAACUUUCGCUAUAUUUGAUAGGCAACUUUUAAUCGCUGAUCCAACAGAUGAUGAGGAAAGCUUAUCAUUAGGAAAAUUAACAAUAGUUUCAGAUGAAGAAGCAAUAUGUUAUGUACAUAAACCUGGUGGCAUUCCAAUAUCACAAGAUUUAUUUAUAAAAAGUUUAGCAAAAUCUAAAGGAAGAGCAGAUUUAGUGCGAACAUUAAUAAAUACUGCUAUAUCAACAAUAGAAAAAAAAUUUGAUUCAUUAGAUAAGAAUACUAUGCUAAUAAAUAAAUAAAAAUUUAUUGAAAUAUA